AUGAGCUGUAGCUACCUUCUCUGCACCAUCCUCCUCUUUGUCGCCGUGUUGCUUGCCAUCACGGUGACGGGCAGCAUCCUGCUGAUGAACCACUACCAGGCCCCGCCCGGCCCCGACGGCCCCCCUCUCAUCAGCACCAACAACCAGGACGAGGGCGACUCCCUGGUGACCAUCGAGAGGGGCGACGGCUCGCGCAUCAACAUCUUCAUCGACCCCAACUGCCCCGACUACAACACCAACUUCCUGCGGCUGGAGGGGGUGCAGACGUCGCUGCUGCACUCGCUCACCGACCACGACUCCGACCUCAAGUCCGUCAAGGGCCAGGACCGCGCGCUAUUGGUCAAGCUGGCGGAGGAGGUGGCCAAGCUGUCGGCCCACGCCUCCCAGCUGAAGCUGGAGCACGAGGGUCUGAGGAGGGGGCAGAGCAACAUCGGGCAGGAGCUCAACGGACUACAGACGGACCAGCAGAGACUCAUACAGCUGCUGUCGGAGAGCCAGGUGAACAUGGUGAAGGUGGUGAACUCGGUCAGCGAUGCGCUCAACUCCAUGCAGAAGGAGACGGGCAGCAUCAAGAGCCGCCUGAAGGCAGACCUGCAGAGAGCUCCCAUACGCAUCCCACGGCCCAAAGGAUGUGCCAGCGGAGAGGUAGCCAGGCCUCGAGACUGCAGUGACAUCUAUGCCAGUGGGCAGCGGGAGGACGGCAUCUACUCCGUGUUCCCCGUCCACUUCCCCGCUGGGUUCCAGGUCUACUGUGACAUGACCACAGACGGCGGCGGAUGGACGGUGAUCCAGAGGCGUGAGGACGGAUCCGUCAACUUCUUCCGUGACUGGGAAGCGUACCGCGAGGGCUUUGGCAAGAUUACAGGCGAACACUGGCUGGGCAUGAAGCGGAUCCACGCACUCACCAUCCAGGCCAACUACGAGCUGCGCAUCGACCUGGAGGACUUUGAGAACAGCACGUCCUUCGCCCAGUACGCCUCCUUCGGGGUGGGUCUCUUCUCCGUGGACCCUGAUGAAGAUGGAUACCCGCUCACUGUCUCUGAAUACUCUGGCACCGCAGGUGACUCUCUGCUCAAACACAAUGGCAUGAAGUUCACCACCAAGGACGUGGACAAUGACCAAUCGGAGAACAACUGCGCCUCGUUCUACCACGGCGCCUGGUGGUACCGCAACUGCCACACGUCCAACCUGAACGGCCAGUACCUGCGCGGCCAGCACACCUCCUACGCCGACGGCAUCGAGUGGUCCUCCUGGACCGGCUGGCAGUACUCGCUCAAGUUCACCGAGAUGAAGAUCCGACCCACCAGAGAGGACAACCAGUGAGCCGGGCCGCCGAGAGACAACCCAAGAAGACGAAGACGAAGAAGAAGAAGACACAUGAGAAACCCUUCUGUCUGUGAUGUAGUGGAAGAGACACUAAAGGUGGAAACACCAGAACUUUUCCAACAACAGUGAUGAUGAUGACGGUGAUUUAGUAGCCUCGAUAUUCCGUGUGACCCUUACUCUGUUCUUACCCCUCCUGAUCCUAUCCCAGGAUUCCUUGCUCCCCCUGUCUUGAACCUCUGCUCAUGUUGUGUCCUCUCUGCUCUCGCUCUUUUGGUCAUAUCUUUAAAUAUUAUGAAGAAACAUUUCAUGUUUUUGUCCUUUAAAAUGUGUUUUUUCAAAAAAAAAAUAUAAUAUUACAAGAAAAACGAAUGAUAACUGUGUCAUUUAGGAGCAGUACACGUAGCAUUUUAAUUUAGGACAUUACCAGUUAUCAUUGAUAGUUAUAAAUAUAAAACAGCUUUGUGUGUGUGAGCGAAGACACACUGAUUUGUCCUUUACCGAAACAUUAUGUGUGGUUCAGUGCUUGUAGACGUUUCAUGCCCAUUUAUCUCACCGUGUCUGGAACCUGUUGCUACAGGGUGAAGAACUGACUUCUGACUGAGCGCUCUCAUACAGGGCUGCCAUGAAUCUUCUGUGCUUUCGAGUGUGGGGAUUGACUGUGUUCAGCCUAAGGUAGCAAUCGCAUUGAGAAUACGCAUAAGCCGCGAAGCGUAAGUUAACCCUCGGACCAAUUACUCUCUGCUCACCUCCUUCUGAUUCAGUUUGGCAGUGUGAGGACCCAGUGUGUUCCUCAAUGGGGUGAGGCAGCCCUCACGCUGGAAAAAGAGCAACAGCAGCAAAACGCGUUGCCACACUUGUAUACAUUUCUAUCUGGUAUUAAGUUCUGAUUCAUUCCUUGUGUGGGGACUGAAUAAGUUCUUUAAACAGGUUCAAACUGAGACAAGCUCAAGAAACAGCACCAAGGGGGUGGGGGGGGUUGGGGUUGGGGUUGGUGUCGGUUGGUGCUGAUGGGGACCUGGGUUUGAGUCCGACCCGCGGCCAUUUCCCUGUGCUAAUCUCUCCUACUCAUGUCCUGUCUCUGUACACUGUCCUAUCCAGAUGAAGGCCUCGAAGCCAAAGUGACUUGGAUAGAAACACCAAACACACUAGUGGUUCCUUAUCAUGCUGCUGUCAUCCCCGAACAGCUAUAGCAGCACAGGUGGUGGUUUUUACAGGUACCAGGCUCAGGCAAGACACACACACAGACACACCAAAGCGAGACUAGAAUAUUUUUAGGGAGGACAGGGUGAGUCAGUGUCGAGGACAGCGAUCAGUCCUACUGAGCAGCUGACUGUGGCAUGGACACAGUGCAGAACUGUGCCAGUUCAGAACCAGAACCGGAUCGGAUCGUGGUCGGAUCCAAGCCUCAUUGUUUUGCUUCGCAUCUUUUCGCUGUCUAAACAGGCUGCAUUCAUUUGGUGGUAUGCGUUAACAUUUUGAGCGUUGUUUUUGAUUGGUUCUCUUGUUUGAAUUCGCACCGCCCCUCACUUGCCAAUCGGAAAGUAAUCGAAAUGAAUCAAAUGUAAUACGCUACAUUAUUUGAUGAAAUAAUUAAAAUAGGUAGAUUACUUUUUAACAGGGUAACUACUAAUCUGAAACCUAUUACAUUUCAGAAGUAACCUUCCCAACGCGGGUCUCAAACACCUCUCUAAUACAGCAUCUUAUGACAAAAGGUCAUUCAAAAGAUCAUUCAAAAGGAGAGCGAUGUAAGGGUGAUCUUGAGUUCAAAACAGGUUGCUGCAUAGUUGGCCGAGUCCUUUACAAGAAGCAGCUGACCCCUGAGACCGAUCCUACCAUUACCAACCCUCUGUCAGGGGAUGGCAGGGAAGACCCAGCCACAGACCAGAUGCAGACAAAAAAUCAGGAUUUAUUUUCCAAAAGGUAAACAAGCAAAAGAUGCAGGCAAACUAAGAAUUCCAAAAAUAUCAAAACACAGAAGAUCCCAACUUAGGAAUGUAACAGGGAAAGAGCAUCCAUGGAAACAGAAGAUCCCAACAUAGGAAUUCAACAGGGAAAGCACAGAAACAAGGCAGGUACGUAACACGGGCAAUAACCCGUUACAUUAAAUAAUAAGACACAGGUGAACUAAACAAGGGGAAACAAGACGCAGGAGAAACCAAUCAGGCAAACAAACAGGGUAAUUAACAAAUCAAGUGUGGUAGAAGGUGACGGAAAAAACCAGGACGUGGCAGAGGGCAGGUGGGGGCGGAGCUCAGGAUAACGACAAAGAAGCACAUGACAUAAACAAACAAACACGGGAAAGCACAUGGCGGGAACAAGGAAACACAAAACAAAGACAGAGCACAAUCCUGACACCCUCAUCAAAGUCCGAUUCACUCCAGAGUUAAGUGUGAUUUCACUGUGAGCCCAGUUACAUAUCGCAUCCUUAUAAUGGCACAGGUUUCAAAUUAUUUACGACAUCUAUUGCGGAUGGCAGUCAAGCCUAGCUUUUAUUUAUGAUAUAUAAAAGCAAAGAGACAGAGUUAGACGGUUCCUUUCCACUCGAGCAGGUGUUGAAAUAGCGUUGGUCACUGGCCGUUUAUUUUUAUGGUGGACAAAAUCCCUACCUGCAACAUAAAACCCGUUUUCAGGAACAGACAAACAUCCCCCUGGCAAAACCGCGGUGGGAGGCUUCCUCACAGAUGAUCAAAAGGGUAUUUUUUUUUCGAAAUAGCACAUCACCAUUCUCAAGGGCAUUCAAAUCCAUCCAUUGAAAUGUGCGUGUGUGUCCUGGAAGAAGUGAUUUAAUUAAGCCCCUGCCAUAAAAACAUUGUUACAGAACAGAACAGCACACACACACACACACACACACACACUCACAUCAAAGCCUGAGUGUGUGUUCCUUUCUGAAAUGUCUGGCGGCAUACAGACGUUGAGGCUCCAGCCUCUGAGACAGACAGUGAGUUAUCUUUACGCCUCUCCCUCCACAGCCAGAGUUACGGAGUGAGAGCCCAACCACAGAAGUCUGGGAAAGGCACGGCCGUCUAUUCUCUAAUGUUUUAUUCUGUCUAUAGAGUUUUUGGACAGUUUGCUUUCAUCGCCACAAGCAAGUACAUUUAUUAUUAGUGUUCUGAAGUUUGGCUUUUGCAGAUUGAAACGCACACGCCGUUAUGAUUGGGGUGGGGUUUAAAAGCACAGUAAUGUCGUUUCUGAAGAACUCCACUGUGCAGAUGUGGCUGCGAUUGUUGACACAGAUAGAAAGCUGUGGAGACAUUGAGAUGAAAAGAAGUAAUUAAAAUUGAAACAACACAUUUGGAGAUCACGUCUGUGUUUCGCUCUUUGGCCUGUCCCUGGGUGGACCUCAGAGAGGUUCUUAUCCGAGACCCCGUGUGCUGCCGGGAUGCAGCUUGUUCUCUGGCAAAUAAUGAAUUAGAUUCCCCUGAUGUAAAUUGCCCUGUCAGUUAGCUAAUGCGCUAAACAGCUCAUGACAGGUUGUGAUGUGGAAGAUAUCAGCUCUCUAAACAGACAGCGCCCGGGGGGACUGAGCACACCCUCCUCUGCCUGCCGAGAGAUCCACAUAGCAGCCAGACCAGGGAGGAAUUUGGCCCAGUGUCAGCUGAUGUGUGGGGAAGGAGUCAACAGAACCGAUCAGUAGCCAAACCCAGUGGCGUCUAGACCUCCUGUAAUGACUCAGUGAUUGGGUCGUGUAUGCAACAACACAGUGCUAUCGCUUUAGAGGCUUGGAGUGUGAAACAUCAGGCGACUAUUGAAUUGAUGUUUUUUUUUAUAUAUAUAUAUAUUGUAGUAAACGAGGACAUGUUGUUUGAUUUUUAAGUUACUAUAGUGUAUGCCUAAAGUAUCCUGUAAGGAUUUACAUGGAGCAUUAUGGAGUGAAUAUCCUGUAGUAAUGUGAAUACUUCGAGAAGAUGCUGAGAAACCUUAAAACUACAACCUGAAGAUGAUUGGGGUUGUGUGAGAGGAAGUGUUCAGGGACAAUGAGUGUGUGAGUCUUUGACACAGACAGGAGUGUGUGUGUGAGCGUGUGUGUGUGUGUGUGUGUGUGUGUGUGUGUGUGUGUGUGUGUGUGUGUGUGAGAGAGAGAGACUUCCAGGAACUCAGGGGCCCCAUGCUGACAGGAAUCUCAUUCUGUCGCCCCCUGCUGGGUAGCUACCUUACUGCGCUGGUGUCACAUCACCCAGCCACCCAUGUAACUCAUCUGAGCGUGAAAUUGUUAGGUGUGUGUGUGUGUGUGUGUGUAUGUGUGUGUGUGUGUGUGUAGCAUGCCUCUGCAGCCGCAACUUCACAAUAUGAUAUCAGUACUGCAGGCUCCACACUGUAGCCCUUAAUCCAAAUUUCUCCAUUUGCACAUUUUAUGUUUUAAUCUGCAUUCCUUUGUUUAAUCCAUUAUUUAUGACCAAAUAAGAUAUUGUGAUUUGUAAAUUCUGUGAGGGAAAAACACCAGGCUCAGCACUUUGGAAAGUAUAGUUUGUGUUUCGUUGACAAUGAGACCACUGCUGGUUGCUGUUUCCCAGCUUUAUUUCACUGGUUCUUGUAUGAUAGAUUUUGCCCCCUCCUCUCAUUAGCUUUGGUUAUUCCCCUUUUAAUGUUUUAAAUGACAUUUAAUAAAUAUUCACAUUUUCUAAACAAGGCA